AUGAGGAUUACACUGGUCAUGUUUCUUGCAUGGUUCACGAAUGCCCUGACUUACGUCGGACUCUACAUGGUCUCAAUGACCAUGUCCGGAGACAGAUACCUCAACUUGUUCCUUUCGUCCAUUGCAGAGACACCAGCUGCCCUGCUCCUAUUUCCCGUUGUACUAAGUGCCUCAGAAGAGAAUGAUGUGAUCAGGUAUAACAAUGCCUCAGAAGAGAACGUUAUGAUCAGGUAUAACAAUGCCUCAGAAGAGAACAAUAUGAUCAGAUGUGGACGGAGGAAGGUGUUAAUUGUGUUACACUUGUUGGCUGGUUUAUCGCUAAUAGGAGCAGCAAUUAUUCACGUCACAACAGAUAGCUAUGCAGGAUACAUAGCACUUACCAGUGUAAUAAUGCUGGGAAAAUUUAGUAUUGCGGCAACAUACAACUUGAUCUUUAUGUACACUCCUGAGUUAUAUCCAACGAAUAUUAGGUCUUUGGGGAUCGGGGUAGUGAGCAUAGCAUCUCGCAUAGGAGGACUUCUGUCUCCGUUCGCUGCAACACUAUCCCGUGAGGUACCUUGGUUGCCGGCCGCCGUGUUUGGCGGAUUUUGUCUUCUGGUAGCCUUGUCAUGUCCCCUACUUCCGGAAACUCGGGGUAAAGACUUGCCCCAGACAUUGGCUGAUCUUGAGAACCUGUACAGAACGAAUAGUUCUACCAAGCAGAAGAAACAGAAACAAACAGAAAUGGAAAUUCUGAAUUAG